AUGACCACCACUCGCGACCGCCAACACAACUCGGGUCUCGCUACCAACGCCGUUCCUACAAAGUCUACUUCUUCAAAGUCAAUGUCGUCUUCUUCAACCAACAUUGUCGGUGUUCAUUACCGAGUGGGCAAAAAAGUAGGCGAAGGUAGCUUUGGCGUCUUGUACGAAGGAACCAAUCUCCUCAAUAACCAAUCGGUCGCUAUCAAGUUUGAAGCACGCAAAUGUGAAGCACCCCAGCUACGAGACGAAUAUCGAACCUAUAAAAUCCUAUCCGGUUUACCUGGUGUGCCGAGUGCCUAUUACUUUGGACAAGAAGGUCAACAUAAUAUACUAGUGAUCGACCUGCUGGGACCCAGUCUUGAGGAUGUAUUUGACAUGUGUGGCCGAAAAUUCUCAAUCAAGACAGUAGCCAUGUUGGCCAAACAAAUGCUACUACGUGUUGAAAAAGUGCAUGAACGCAAUCUCAUUUAUCGUGAUAUCAAGCCUGACAACUUUUUGAUUGGUCGUCCAGCAACCAAGCAAGCCAAUACGGUGUACCUGAUUGAUUAUGGCAUGGCUAAGCUAUACAGAGAUCCAAAGACAAAGCAGCAUAUCCCUUACCGUGAACGCAAAAGUCUCUCGGGCACAGCCAGAUACAUGAGUAUCAAUACCCAUUUAGGAAGAGAGCAAUCAAGACGUGAUGAUCUUGAAUCUUUGGGUCAUGUAUUCAUGUACUUUUUACGUGGGUCGUUGCCAUGGCAAGGUCUCAAGGCUGCUACCAACAAGCAAAAGUACGAGAAGAUUGGAGAGAAAAAACAAACAACGGCAAUCAAGGACCUUUGCCACGGCUUUCCUGAGGAGUUUGCCAUCUACAUGCAGUAUGUUCGCAAGCUGGGCUUUGAAGAGUCACCCGAUUACGAGUUUUUGCGAGAGCUAUUUGACAAGGCUAUUCAACGCAAAGGUGAAACGGAUGAUGGUGUCUAUGAUUGGAUGCUUCUUAAUGGCGGCAAAGGUUACGAGCAUCGAUCCAAAUCUGAACACCGUUCCAAACGACAUCAACAACAAGGACGUGAAGCAACAUCACGCGUAGCACUGUCACCAGAAAGCCAUGCUCCACGUUCUAGUCGGGCACACAAAUCAGCAGCAGCAACACCAUCUCAGCCUGCUCCUCCAUUGCCGACUGCUUCAACGACAUUACCUGGUGCUGCAGAUACAUCCACCACUCUUCCAGUGAUGCCACAACCUAUUCUUUCAGCUCCGGAACAACAAGUGGCCAAUAAACAUCAUGAAUUUACAAUGGAUGAUGAUAACGACCCACAAAAACAACACCACCUGGGAGAACAACAAAAACAGCAACGCGGGCUUUGGCAAGCGUUCAUGUCGUUUGUGACAUGUGGCACAGUCUGA